AUGUCAUCAACCGGUCGUAUCUUUUUUAUUUCGGUACUCAUUGCAAUACUGCAGUUUCAACUCGCACAGACUAAAGCGAUUGGGAGAAAUAAAGCCUUCAAAAAGUUUGACUGGAACCUCACGAUACCGGUCGAAGCAAUGGUUCUCACCCUGAAUGCGGACAAAGUCCAAAAAUUUAUCCACGACGAAUACAAAAAACAACUAGAAGCCGAGAGUCAAAAAAUCAACCAGCCCAAUAGAAGACGCCGCAAACGGCAACUCCAACAUGCCGUUUUGCCCAAGCAAGCAUAUAUCGUCAAGUCGCUCAACUUCGAGUCGACCUAA